AUGUCGAAAAGAACAAGCGCCGGCAAUGGCGCCAUCUCCAAGCAGGCCAGCGACCUCGUGUCUGAACCUGCCCAGGACAAGCAGAAGGUCCUGCUCGAGUCGACGACGGGCCACUUCUCCCUCGUCAAGGCUCUGCACCUCGCCGACUACAUCACUGAGAUGAACGGCUUCUGCGGCAUCAUGUCCGUCUUCUCCUCGCUCCGCUACUGCCUCGGGGAUCCCACCGACCAUUCCAACCUCUACCUCGCCCUGGCCUUCCUCCCCUUCGGCCUGUUCUUCGACUUCAUGGACGGCCGCGUCGCAAGAUGGCGCAAGAAGAGCAGCAUGAUGGGCCAGGAGCUCGAUUCCCUCGCCGACUUGAUCUCGUUCGGACUCGCUCCUGCCUGCGUCGCCUUCUCUCUCGGUAUCCGCACCACCGUCGACCACGUCUUCCUGGCCUUUUUUGUGCUCUGCGGUCUCACGCGUCUUGCCCGCUUCAACGUGACCGCCGCCAACAUCCCCCAUGACGCCUCAGGCAAGGCCACCUACUUCGAGGGCACCCCCAUCCCCACCACGCUGGGUUUGGACGCCCUCAUGGCCUACUGGGUGUCCAAGGGCUGGGUUCUGGACCAGGUCCCCCUGGGCUUGUGGCUCGAGGGCACCGCCUUUGAGUUUCACCCCAUCGUCCUCAUGUUCCUCGUCCACGGGUCCUUGAUGGUCUCCAAGAGCCUCCACGUGCCUAAGCCGUAA